GGCGGAAGGAGCUCCAGGCCGGAAGGAGGCCGCGGAGGGCGGGAGGCAGGAGCGGGCCCGGAGCUGCUGGGCCGGAGCGGCGGAGCUGCCAUGUCCGACAGUGAGAAGCUCAACCUGGACUCGAUCAUCGGGCGCCUGCUGGAAGUGCAGGGCUCGCGGCCUGGGAAGAAUGUACAGCUGACAGAGAAUGAGAUCCGUGGCCUGUGCCUCAAAUCCCGGGAGAUUUUCCUGAGCCAGCCCAUCCUUCUGGAGCUGGAGGCACCCCUCAAGAUCUGCGGUGACAUCCAUGGCCAGUACUACGACCUUCUGCGGCUGUUCGAAUACGGGGGCUUCCCUCCAGAGAGCAACUACCUCUUCCUGGGGGACUAUGUAGACCGGGGCAAGCAGUCGCUGGAGACCAUCUGCCUGCUGCUGGCCUAUAAGAUCAAGUACCCCGAGAACUUCUUCCUGCUCCGUGGGAACCACGAGUGUGCCAGCAUCAACCGCAUCUACGGCUUCUAUGAUGAGUGCAAGAGGCGCUACAACAUUAAACUGUGGAAAACCUUCACCGACUGCUUCAACUGCCUGCCCAUUGCAGCCAUCGUGGACGAGAAGAUCUUCUGCUGCCACGGAGGGAGCUCUGCGCUCCUAGAAGGCAGGGACUUAAAAGAGGCAGAAGGUCUGUCCCCCGACCUACAGUCCAUGGAGCAGAUUCGGCGUAUCAUGCGGCCCACAGAUGUGCCUGACCAGGGGCUGCUGUGUGACCUGCUGUGGUCCGACCCUGACAAGGACGUGCAGGGCUGGGGCGAGAACGACCGUGGUGUCUCCUUUACCUUCGGGGCUGAGGUGGUGGCCAAGUUCCUACACAAGCACGACUUGGACCUCAUCUGCCGGGCACACCAGGUGGUAGAAGAUGGCUAUGAGUUCUUUGCCAAGCGGCAGCUGGUGACACUCUUCUCAGCUCCCAACUACUGCGGCGAGUUUGAUAAUGCUGGCGCCAUGAUGAGCGUGGACGAGACGCUCAUGUGCUCCUUCCAGAUCCUCAAGCCCGCCGACAAGAACAAGGGGAAAUAUGGGCAGUUCAGUGGCCUGAACCCUGGUGGCCGGCCCAUCACCCCACCCCGUAACUCCGCCAAAGCCAAGAAAUAGCCUCCACGUGCCCGCCCUCUGCCCUAGAUGGUGGAUUGUACAGAAACCACGCAGCAUGGGGGGGUCAUGCUGACUUCCUAGGCCUGCUGUCACAGGGAACAUGGAGCCUUGAUGAAUUUUUCCUUUUUUUAAUGAAUCAAUAGCAGUGUCCAAGCCCCCAGGGCUCCCUCUGCCUGUGCCUCGGUGGCUGCAAGCAGGAUCCUGGGGCUGAGGCUGCAGCUCAGGGCAAAGCAGGGCCAGAUUGUGGGUCUCCAGCCUUGCUUGGCCUCAGGGCUGGCAGCCGGAUCCUGGGCAACCCAUCUGGUCUCUUGAAUAAAGGUCAAAGCUGGA